CUCACCUAUGGCAUCAUGGGCGUCGGUUUCGAGGCUGAUGAGUCAGCUGCGACUCUGUAUCCAAACAUUAUCGAUAAGUUUUACACAGAAGGAUUGAUAGGGUCGCGGGCGUAUAGUUUAUAUCUGGACGAUCUCGCAUCCUCCAGCGGUACUAUACUCUUCGGUGGCAUUGAUACGGACAAGUAUACCGGCGAUCUCAUCGCCGUCCCGAUCAUCAAGGAUGCCGCUGCCGACAACUACACCUCAUUCCUCGUCACGCUCUCCUCCGUGACUUCCGUUAAGAGCGACGGCACCGUGUCGUCCAACUUCACAACAGACGCCGAAGCAGUCGUCCUCGACUCGGGCACGACCCUGACCUACCUGCCCGAGGACAUGGCCGACUCCAUCUUCGACGCCUUCAACGCGACCUACGACGACCAGCAGGGCUACGCCACCAUCGACUGCUCCGCCGCCGACGACACCAGCCUCGCCCUCGAGUUCCAGUUCGGCGGCUCCGACGGCCCCUCCAUCAAGAUCCCCCUCAGCGAACUGGUGCUGUCCGACGGCUCCGGCAUGGGCGUCGGCGACGGCGGCUCCGAGGACGCGAGCUCCAGCAGCUGCGCCUUUGGCGUCUCCAUGUCCACCGACACCUACCUGCUGGGCGACACGUUCCUGCGCAGCGCCUACGUCGUCUACGACCUCGACGCCAAGCAGGUCGCCCUCGCGCAGUCCAACUUCAACUCCACCUCGACGAGUGUCGUCGCCAUGACCAGCGGGAGCAGCAUCCCGGAGGUCUCGAGCACCGCCACUGCGGUUAUUGCUUCCUCCUCCGACACGAGCGCUGCAGGCGACAAGCACAAGUCGGCCGCCUCAGAUAUUGCGGUCGCGCCGUUGCUGUCUGUAGGGAUCGGAGCCAUUGUUGGAUCUUUGCUUCUCAUAUUAUAGACUAGAAGAGACAAGGUGGGGGCAGGGGCGUUAAACAAGUUUUCAAAGACAUUGGGUGUCUAUCAUGCAGAUUUCAAGAUCUAGACAUGGCAUUAUGAAAUUCUCCAUAGAGAGCAGGUCAUCAGUGGCAUUGGGCGGAUGGGAUCAUCAAGCAUUACCAGCGAAUUUUGUUUCUGAAUGAAUAUAUCAUUACCACAC